AUGCCUUCAAGCGCUGCCUCCCAGGACGACCACGACCACCUCCAACGCCGCCAUCCCAGACGACCACGACGCCCUCCAGUGCCGGCUUCCCGGACGACCACGACGCCCUCCAGCACCACCUCCCAGGACGACCACAGUGCCCUCCAGCCGCCGCCUCCCCGGACGACCACGGCGCCCUCCAGCGCCACCAACCAGGCUGACCACGGCGCCCUGCAGCGCCGCCUUCCGGGACGACCACGACGCCCUACAGCGCCGCCUACCGGGACGACCACGACGCCCUCCAGAGCCGCCUACACAGAUGACCACGACGCCCUCAUGCGCCGCCUCCCCGGACGACCACGACGCCCUCAUGCGCCGCCUCCCCGGACGACCACGACGCCCUCAUGCGCCGCCUCCCCGGACGACCACGACGCCCUCAUGCGCCGCCUCCCCGAACGACCACGACGCCCUCCAGCGCCACCACCCAGGCUGACCACGGCGCCCUGCAGCGCCGCCUUCCGGGACGACCACGACGCCCUACAGCGCCGCCUACCGGGACGACCACGACGCCCUCCAGCGCCGCCUACACAGAUGACCACGACGCCCUCAUGCGCCGCCUCCCGGACGAACACGACGCCCUCAUGCGCCGCCUCCCCGGACGACCACGACGCCCUCAUGCGCCGCCUCCCCGGACGACCACGACGCCCUCAUGCGCCGCCUCCCCGGACGACCACGACGCCCUCCAGCGCCGCCUCCCCGGACGACCUCAUGUGCCGCCUCUCCGGACGACCACGAUGCCCUCAUGCGCCGCCUCUCCAGACGACCACGACAGCCUCCAGCGCCAAUUCCCCAGACGACCACGACGCCCUGCUGUGCCAUCUUCCCGGACGACCACGACGCCCUUCAGCUCUGCCUCCGCGAACGACCACGACGCCCUGCAGUGCCGCGUCCCCGGAUGACCAUGACGACCUGAAGUGCCACCUCCCCUGA